CAUAGCUGUCACUCGCCCACAUUUAACAGCACUGUGUUUACAUUGCAAAAUAAUAAACACAAAAGAAAAUUCUUUAGGAUGAGUUCCAAAGAAUCUAAGGCUCUAAUCAAGGAUAUUCGCGAGACAAUCAAGCUUGGCAAGCAUGCUGACGCCAUUCACAAGUGCCAGCGCCUACUAAAAGCCGACCCAAAGAGCAACGCCAUGGGAUACUUGUUGCUGGGUGCUGCCUAUCAGAACGUGGACAAGGCAGAGGCGGCGCAGAGCCUGAGAAAGUCGAUUGAGUACACUGAUGGCCCCGCUACCGUUGCUCUGCAGGGUCUCGCCAAUUGCGCGCCCAACGCCGAGCUGCCAGAGAUCUACGAUGAGCUCGUGGAUCUGCUACCGGAAAAAGCCUUGGACUACUGGGAGAAGCUUUUCGCGCUGGCCUCGGAUGUAACUGUGGCCCCCCUGUGCUUCAAAGUGCUCAAAAAGCGGGCUCAGAAUCCAGACGAUUCCCAUUAUGCCAAAAUCCAAGAGUACUUGGGACGCAUUUGGUUUGCACAGGACUUUGAGAUUUCAACAGAAGAUAAUGCACUCUACACCAAAACGAUGGAAGCGCUGCUGGAGAUCUCUGAGCCUAGUGUGAAAAGUUUGUUGUACAAACGCUACCUUAAAUGGCUAUACAAGCAGAGGGACUAUGUGGCCUGUGUGCGCCACGCCUGCAACAUGACCGUGUCCCAUCCCAAGGAUGUCUAUGGCUACGAGUGGAUAUGCAAGACAUACUGCGAAAACCGCAAUCAGGCAGACAAUGAUGCCUGGCAGCAGGAGCUGAAGCUGCCAAUCCAAGCAUAUGCUGAAAAAUUGCUUGAACUGAACCCCAACUCCAACUUGGCGCUGCUAAUCAAGGCUUUCGAUCUCUAUGCGCAGGGACAGUAUGUUCCAGCGAGACAAUUUGCUGUGCAGGCCCAUCAGAGCCAUCCCACCUACAAGGUGUCGCUGGAGCUCCUGGCCCGAAUCCACAUGGAGUUUGGGGCCUUCAAACUUGCUCUGCAACUUUGGCAGCAGCUCGGCCAAGCGCAUGAGGUUUCUUUGGCAUGGUGUCUGUCUUAUGAAAAAGAUCAAUCCAAAUUGAGGGAAGCCGUCAAAGUGCUGCUGGGAUACGAUAAAUCAGAACCGAAUGUUCGAGCGUUGGCUCGCUGUUACUUCAAAUUGGGCGAGACGCAGCUGCUCAAAGAUUUGCCAUUGGAUGCACUCACCAAAGCGGAAUUUCUCCUAUCACCCGCUGAAGCCAUUCAGGCAAUUGGCAGCGAUGACUCUUUUGAGGCGCUGCUUCUUUGUGGCAAGCUGCAAAUGGAGCAGAAAAACUAUGAAGAGGCGCUAAGCUGCAUGCUUAGGGCCGCUCGGCUGCGGCCGCAUGUUGCCGAGUGUUUCGACUAUCUGGGUCGCUUGUAUCCACUGGCCACUGGUGAUGUGGCCCGGGCGCGCAAAUGCUAUGAGAAGUGCAUUAGCCUCAAUGCUCUGGCGGAGGAGGCUGUGGAUGCGUUGAGCUUUAUCUACCAGCAGCUGGGCGAGGAAGAUCUAAAUGAGGCGCUCCUGCUUAAUACCCUUCGGUACUUGAGCAACGACGAGUCCAUUCGCUUGCAGCACAAGCUGGGCCUGCACUUUCUGCAAGUGAAGAAAUGGGAUAAUGCAAUCCAAUGCUUUCGCAUUGCCAUCAAGCACGACUUUCGGUGCAUGGUCUAUUGGGAAUCACUGGGCGAUGCCUAUGCAGCUCGAGGAUCGUACAACUCGGCUAUUCGUGUCUUCCAGAAAAUCCUCGAGCUGUCCCCAGUCAACUGUUAUGCUCUGCUCCAGAUAGCCGUGAUCAAGACGACGACUCGCAUGUACUCCGAGGCUGUAGAAGAUUUCGAUGCGCUGCUCAAGCUUAAUCCAAACUACCUUCCGGGCCUGAGAGGCGCCGCAGAGGCGCACAUCGGCAUGGCCAACAAUCUGAAGUCCCAAAAUCUUUACGGGCGAGCCAAACAGCAUUUCCAAUACGCUGUGGGACAUCUGCAAAGCGCAUUCACCCAAGUGGAGGCUCAGGGUAUGGUUUGGCUGUGGCGCCUCACGGCAGGCGUAUUUCUGCAGACGGCACAGCUGCCGGCCUCCCUGGCCAACUUGGACGUGGCUGGCAGUUUGGCCAAGCGCGAGGAGGCGAUUGCCUAUCUAUCACGCAAGGAUCUCCUGCAACUGGCUCAGCGCUUCUAUCUGGUCGCCUUGAAAGUGAAGCAGAACACAUAUCUGUGGUACGAGAUGGCACUGGCCAGCUAUUACAGCGCUAUUUUCAUUCCCGAAGAGGCAACGAGCCACCUGGAAACGGCUGCCAAGGUGUGCAAGCGGGCGAUCAAGGAGCGCAGCAAUCGCUGGCAGAACUGGAACCUCCUCGGUGUCAUCAAUAUGCAUGCGGAGCACGAGAACUGGCCCCUGGCCCAGCACUGCUUCAUCCAGGCGCUGAAUCUGGAUCGCAAAUCCUUCACGACAUGGACCAACCUCGGCGUAUUGUACAUCAAAGCGAACGACAUUCGACUGGCCAAUGAGGCCUUCAAGCGCGCCCAACAAUCGAGUCCGAUCUAUGCAAAUGCCUGGAUAGGACAGGCAAUGGUAGCCGAACUGAUUGGCGACCAAGAAGAGGCAUUCGAUCUGUUUCGUCAUUGCCAGCAUUUUGAUUAUCAUCCGGAGGCGGCACUCGGAUUCGCCUACUGGGUCUGUGAGGUGCUCUCCGAUCCCAUUGCCCGGGCCAAGCCCCACAACAGGCAUGCGAUUAGGCACAUGUAUGCAGAUGUCUACGCUUUGGAUGCUAUUAAUUGGUAUGUUCAAAAUGAAGAGUCGGAGGCCAGCAUAGCGUCACUCACGUUUCAGGGAUUCUUAUGCGCCCGCAAAAAGCUUUACCAUCAGGCCAUCAAAGCCUUUACACGCGCCUGUCUGUUGUGCGAGCCUGGCCCUGCGCGGGACACACUGUAUACGAAUCUGGGCUACUUGUACCUGAAGCUGGACCAGCCGGAUCAGGCAGUCAACGCUUUGAAUACGGUGUCCCACGCCACAUUCAAGCCCAUCGUUGGCUUGGCCCUGGCAUAUUACCGAUCGGGUCAGCUGCAGGAAUCGUAUUCGAUAUACAAUUCUGUACUGAACAAUGUGGCGGGACAAGAUGACGACAAGGCGGCAACCAUAUUGGUGGCAAUGGCCUCCAUGAUUUAUGCCUUCCAAGGCGAGGCAGACACCAAAACCCUUCUCUAUCAGUGUAUCCUAACGAAGAACGCGCCCAUCCAAGCCCUCUACUCAUCCUGUGCACUGGGCGUUCUGCACCGCGAUAACGAACUAAACCGGACCGUAAUGUCGGAACUCAGGGCGUACGCUUUAAAUGAGAAGUAUUGCGUCGAUAUAUCCUAUCUAACCGCCCAUUAUAUUCUCAUAAAUGAGGGUGUCCUAGAGGCGCUUCGCUAUUUGCAAAACCGUGUUCGCAUGUUUCCCCGCUCUGAGGGACUUCGCAAGGUGUUGCUCAAGUUUCUUCUUGAUUAUUUCGCGGAUGAUGUUUCUUAUCGACUGGCCACCUCGAAUGUCGGCCUGGGAGCUAUAACACUGGGCCACACAAGCCUGCGAAAUGGCAUUAAGGCCAGCGAGGAGGCGGAAACGCUAAUCUAUGCCAGUCGGGCUGUAAUUCCUGUCGACAAGGUGUGUUCCCUGAAGUUGAUCCAGCGCGCCAUAAAAUUAAAUCCAACUAACAAGCAAGCCAGACAGAUGCUGGCCACCGUUUCUGCCCAUUAAAUGAAUUUUUUCCUGAGUGUUUAUGUCGAGAAUAAAGUGAAUAGAUGUGUAUUU